UUUAAACUUGCUUGUAAUAACAACUCUAAAGCGGCAAAUUUUACGUUAAAACGCGUCCGCCGUCAAACUCAUGUAAAACUAAACAAUCAUAAAGAAACGAAAAAAUAAAACAACAAAGUAAACAUGAAACGGGCGGCCCUAGAUUAAAACUUCCUACCUUAAAACAUAUAACAAUAUGAUAUCUUAAACAUAACACUGCUAAAGAUGACUUAAAAACAAUCAAAUAUGUUUUGUAACAAAAAUCAUGGUGACAACAAUCAAAAUUACCUGUGAUGGUGUAUUCAUACAAACCAAUUCAUUUUUGACCUCCGCAACGGCACCAACAUCAUCGACAUCGACUACAACAACAAUCGAUACAAUACAUCCACAAGAUACAACGUCGUCGUCAGCAACAGAUUCUACUUCAACUAACACCUCGACAUCGUCUUCACCGGCCAAUACGUUUAAUAGUGAUAAAGAUAAAUCUUUAACCACAAUUUUAGAUUAUGAUAAAUUCCAGCAAUUAAAUUCACAAUCUUCUCCACGCCUUAGUAGCAGCAGUCAGAAAUCUUCCACGAGUAGUAACUACAAUAAUCGCGCCAAAAGACCUCGUACGCCUAAAGGUGAUAAUCGUAGAAGAUAUUAUUUUGGCAAUAAUAAAAUCUAUUGGUGUAAACAAUCCUCAAGUGAUAGACAAUCGAUACCGGGUUGUUCUUAUAAAAGUGAUUUGGGUUUCUCGCGUAACUCAUCCUCCUCUGUCAAUCAUUGCACUAGUUUAAAACGUAGUGCCAGUUCUGUAACACACAAAGAAUUACAGCAACAUAAAAGUCACAGCUAUACGGGACGCCACAAACAUAAACCUUUAACGGCCACCAGUAGUCUAAACUCGGUACCAAAUAAUCAACAACAAAAAUCUCAAACAAAUUAUCUUAAUACAUUUUAUAAUCUCAAUAAAUGUAAUUCAGCGGCUUUAAAACCUACCACGCCCAAAACAAUAUCGGGAGCUACAUCCAUAUUUCUGGUUAACGGUUUCAGUGUCAAUUCCUCGGCCUAUAACAAUAACAAAUGUUAUGCCUCCUCCGAUACUCGUCUAUUGAGUUUUUUACGAUCGGCUCGUAAAUUAUAUCGCAAUAGUGUACGUGUAAAUAACAAUAAUAUAAAUCAACAGCAGCAGCAACAAAAUAUUUAUAAUAUAAACAGUAAUAAUAAUAAUAAAAAUAAUAAUGGCAACAUUACCUUGUCAUCGUCAGCUGAUAAUACCAAAGUUUCGUAUGUUAAUAGCAAUUCUACGAAUAAUUUAAAUUUGCAUAAAACCAAAAAUAAAAAUGAAACAAAGUUGAAUAAUAAUAGUAAUAGUAGUUCAUCUAUAGCUGAUAAAAUAAAACAAACUUAUAUAUUUGGUGUGAAAAGUUUUUCAACAAAUAAUAAUAGCAAUAAUAAUAAUAAUUAUUUUAAUAAUAAAAAUAAAUGUAAUCAUGAGAAAAAUAUUGAAAAUAAUAGCAACAACAGUGCAACAUUAAGUGAGGAGUGGUUUGAUGAAGAAGCAACCGCCUGUACCGAAAGUAAGGAAAAUAAAAAUUCUUUCCAUUAUCAUUUAAAGGCCGAUGUUGUUGAUAAAUCACUGCAGCAGCAGCAACAGCAACCAGAUAUCCAAAAGAAACAUAAUCAUAUUAAAGCUCAAACUAGUAACAGUAAUAGCAAUAAUACUACAAAUAAUUCCCUCCAAUGUAAAGGAACCAAUUCGGAUAAACCGAAAUUUCAAACAAAUUCUGCCAAAUUAAGCACAACAGAUGUUGAAAACAUUUCAACGACAACUGCAACUAUAUCAUCUUCUUCUACACCUGCCCACCCAAAACCAGCAGCAACCCCAGAAGUUGUUAGCUUAUUAAAAUCUACAUCAACAAAUUCUCCUAUAACUUUUAAUUCAGUUCAAACACAACAAAAUAACGUAACAACAACAUCAACGACGGCUACGAACGAGACAGCAGCAUUAAACAACAACUACGAAGACGACGAAAACAAAAACGUAACGCAGUCAACGACAAGUACUGCGGAUAUACGUUCAAACAAUACAGUUAUGAAUAGUCACGUUACAGCUGCACAAAACGGACAAACAACUGUGGUGGGUCAUCAUCGAGGAUUCUCGCAACCGACAGUAACAGUGGCUGCCUCCAAUACCGGUGGCGAUCCAUGGUUUUUACAAUCAACUGGGCAUCAAAUGCCACCAACAGCGCCUUUACGUCACAAUAAACGACCAGCACCACAGCCAACAUCAACUGGUGGUGGUAUUACGGCGACAACACAUCCUAAUAAUUUGCUAGGGAAUAGUAGUGGUGGUGUGGGUGUCGGCGUCGGUGGUGGAGUUGGUAAUAUAACACUGCAGCAACAAUUUAGCCAAUCCCAACCGCAUAUUGUAGCACAAACUACACAACUGUCGACGCAUCAUAAUAACGUGAAUCCACAUCAUCAUAAUGCGAUUCAUUUGUCCUCGCAUGCACUUAAUAGUCAUAAUUUAAUAACAAAUGCCACUGGUGCUGUUAUAGUUGCUCCAUCCAAUCACUCACCCAAAUCGCCAAAUCAACACCAACAACCCCAACUACAGCAGCAACAACAACAACAGCAACAUAUUAUGUCGACAUUUGCUCCUAUCGGCUCUACAGCCCCCUCGGCCACGGCUGCAGCUGUUGCUAGUGUUACACAACAACAGCAGCAACAACAUUUACAAUUGAUUUCGGCUGCCAACAAUUGCAACAACAAUCUAAUGACAUCUUCCCUAAAUGCUGCUCAUAGUGCUCUCUCCUUGCAUGAUCGCGGUUUACCACCCAAAAGUAUGGCGCUACAAUCGAAUGCAGGUGGUGGUAGUAAUAUGUUACUUCAUACACAACAUCCUGCCCAACAACACCAUCAAACCCAAACGGCCAUGGUGGGCAAUCAGACGACAAAUGCCGCUGGCAUGACAACGUCAUUGCAUAGUUUUGAUAUCAAUGGUGGUGGUGGCGUCGGUGGCAAUGUACCAGUAACAACCCAGUCUUGGACUACGCCCUCCCUGUCGCCAACGACUGGUUUGGCACCCAAUCAUGGCUUAUUACAUGGUCAGCAGCAACAAAAGAAAUGUGAAGUUAAACUUAAUGCAAUGCCCUGGUUCCAUGGCAGCAUUACACGUGAUGAAGCGGAACAUUUAUUGCAACCCCGUGAAGAUGGCCUAUUUCUAGUGAGAGAAUCAACCAACUUUCCCGGAGACUAUACGUUGUGCGUGUGUUUUCAGGGUAAAGUUGAGCAUUAUCGCGUUAAAUAUUUGGAAAAUAAAUUAACUAUUGACGAUGAGGAAUACUUUGAAAAUUUGGGACAAUUAGUAGCGCACUAUGAAGCCGAUGCAGAUGGUUUGUGUACACAACUCAUAAAAUGUUUACCCAAACAGGGCAAACAGGAGUAUUGCAUUAAUUCAAAAGAUUUUAUCGAUAAAGGUUGGGUCAUACCCGAAUCCGAUUUACAAUUACGCGAAAGCAUAGGCAAGGGUGAGUUUGGUGAUGUUAUGCUGGGUAUAUUGCGCAAUGAGAAAGUGGCUGUUAAAAUGCUUAAAGAUGAGGGAGCGGUACAAAAAUUCUUAGCAGAAGCUUCUGUUAUGACUACGUUGGAGCAUGAAAAUCUGGUGAAAUUUGUUGGUUUAGUUUUCACUAGUAAACAUAUUUAUUUGGUAACUGAAUAUAUGAGCAAAGGAUCACUGGUUGAUUAUUUAAGAUCGCGGGGACGACAACACAUUACGAAAAAGGAUCAAAUUAAUUUUGCUUACGACACGGCCUCGGGCAUGGAAUAUUUGGAAGCGAAAAAGGUGGUUCAUCGUGAUUUAGCUGCCCGUAAUGUUCUUAUAUCCGAAGAUUGUGUGGCCAAAGUUUCCGAUUUCGGUUUGGCUCGCGAAGAAUGUUACAAUUUAGAAGUUGGCAAAUUGCCCAUUAAAUGGACAGCACCGGAAGCUUUGAAAAAUGGGCGUUUUUCCAACAAAUCGGAUAUGUGGAGUUUUGGCAUACUUUUGUGGGAAAUUUAUUCGUUUGGUCGUGUUCCUUAUCCUAGAAUUCCUUUGGCAGAUGUUGUUAAACAUGUGGAAGUGGGCUAUAAAAUGGAGGCUCCCGAAGGUUGUCCUCCUGAAAUCUAUGAAAUGAUGAGACAAGCUUGGGAUUUAAAUCCUGCCAAAAGACCAACAUUUGCCGAACUAAAAGUUAAAUUAUUACAUUUAAAAAAUAAUACAGCGUGAAAACAUGUGCAAAAUAAAACAACAGCCACAUAAUGAUAAUAAUAAAUAAAUGCUACAUUAAUGUUUACCUCCACAUUAAAAACCCAACCUUACCCUUUCCUCUACAUCCCUACACAUACGGAAACCUCCCAUGUCCAUCUUAACAAUAAUACCAGCAGCUGUUAAUCAUCAUGAAAAAAAACUUGAACUAUUAAC